AUGGCCGCUGUCGCUAAGCCCGGUGUUGAGAAGGCGGGUGUGGAGGCGGAGGUGGCUCAGGUGCACCGCAUCAGGAUCACCCUCACCUCCAGGAACGUUAAGAACCUGGAGAAAGUGUGCGCUGACCUGAUCCGCGGCGCCAAGGACAAGCAGCUCAAGGUGAAGGGCCCCGUGCGCAUGCCCACCAAGGUGCUGCGCAUCACCACCCGCAAGUCGCCCUGCGGUGAGGGUACCAACACCUGGGACCGCUUCGAGAUGCGCAUCCACAAGCGCCUCAUCGACCUGCGCUCCCCCGCCGACGUGGUCAAGCAGAUCACCUCGAUCAGCAUCGAGCCCGGGGUUGAGGUGGAGGUCACCAUCGCUGAUGUGUAA